AUGGCAAAGUGUGGAGCAUGUGGAAAAUUCUUGUCAACCGCGGACUGUGCGCGUUGUAGUAAAUGCAGUGACAUCUUCCAUAAAGGAUGCGUGUCAAUCCCAUCUACGGGCGCUGCGCCUCGGGGCUGGAUCUGCCCUAGUUGCUCAGCGAAAGUACCUCGUGGGGAUAAUACGGCAACUCCUGUACGAGGGUUGACAGCUGUCGGGGUGCAUCACACUUCGAGCGAGGGAGAUGUUGAUGCAGAUACGAUGAAUCGGUCGCUGGAGUCUCGUGUCGACCUUGGUUUAGAAAUCCGAUCUUUUAAGGAUGAGCUGGUGGGCCUAAGAACUGACUUGAGAGAGUGCCGAAAUGAUAUCGCUGAGUUUAAGGAGCUCCUCAAGUCUUGUCAUGGACGCAUCGACGNAUUUUUAUUUUCAACGCUCAAUGAAAAGUCAACACACUGGUUGCUGCAGAAUAUUUCUGUAAAAUCUCAUUUGAAGGAGAUUAAUACUCUGUGGGCUGACUAUACACAACGUGCAUGCAGCACGAUCCGCGUCCAGUUCAAUAAUGCUUUCAGGGCUGUGUUGAGGCUGCCCCGGUUUCGUAGCGCCUCGGGUAUGUUUGCAGUGGCUCGUACGGAUUGCUUUCAUGCGACCAUACGCAAGCGGUGCGCAUCCUUGGUACGCAGAGUGCGGGCUAGCUCCAACACGGUCCUAGCCAUGAUUGCAAACAGACUGGACUGCCCCUAUAUAAGACACUGCUGUAAUAAACAUCUGUCUCUCAUUAAUCUAACAGUGACUGGUAUGGUGUAG